GUGUACAUUAAGCAUCAAUCACAGUUUACGGAAUUUCAUUUAAAAUGUUUCAAGACCGGGUGUGAAGUUCUGGGUUUCGCGACGUCUUGUUUAUAGCUUACAACGGAAAUUUCAUUAGUUUCGUCGCUUAAGAUAAAGUCUCGCCAGACAACAGAAGCUUGAACUGUGCGUAGACAAUCACUGCAACGGUUCAAGAUCACACCACUUGAAGUUUUCGUUGUAUUGAAUCUGACUACAUGAUUUUCUUUAUACAUGUCUUCACGAAUACGCCGUCAACUACAAAAGCAGAUCUUUACUGAGCUAAAAUUGAAGAACUUUAAGGAUUUUUUUUACCAUUAAGACUUUUGCAUCUGGAUUAGGGCCCCAAGUUUACGAGUGCACCGACUGGCAAGACCAUCGACAUGAGGGUUCAUUUAGAUUCGUCUUCCGAUGAGGAGGAACCCCUUUUUAACAUGGAAGAUGUCGAACAAAGAGCAUUUGAGAAAGACAGGGACCUUCCUCUAUGGAAACGAUUUUUGAUCACACUGAAAAAACUCGGAGAAGACAGGAACAGUUUGAAGUCUACGCUAUGUUAUUGUGGUGUGUUCAUGGUAUUUGGAAUGUCAGAUGAAAUUUUGGGUCCAACUCUUCUUGAGCUCAAAUGUUUAACUGGCAAAUCGAUAACUCUUAUGAGCGUGCUUUUCUUUGUUCAUGAUUUGUGCAACGUUUUUGGAUCGACAUCCGGAGGAUAUUUAGUAGAUCGAUUUAAUCCCAAUGUCCUGGUGACGAUAGCUCUCGGCCUCAGUGCCAUUUGCAUCAUAGCCAUUCCACUCAGUCAUAUCUUCGUCAUCAUGCUGUUUUUGGCGGGAAUAUUUGGCGGGUGUUUUGGCGCCACGGACACGUUUACAACAGUGCAGCUCAUACGCAUGUACGGCAAACAGGUCUCUCCCUAUUUGCAGGCUCUUCAUUUUGCAUAUGGCUGCGGUGGAUUCUUGAGCCCGCUGAUAGCACAGCCUUUCCUGCGGCGUCGCUGUGUUCUAGUGGUGAACUACACGACUAUUAUCGAUGAAUGGCCUUAUGCAAAUUCUACUACUGGUAUUGACAACUCUACACACAUAUUCCACACUCAGGAAGAGACACACCGUGAUACGCAUGUGCGUUGGGCUUACUGGAUUGUAGCCCUGUUGCACCUUCCAGUUAUAUUUGGUUUGCUGUGGUUGAUGUUUACUCGCAAGCUGGCAAAAAUAACAGGAACUCUCAAGAAGUACGAAUAUGAGAUGUACGAUGAACAAAGACUCAAUAAUCCAGGUUACAACCAUCACAUGGUAACAUUGUAUUUAAACGGAAACCCUCCAUGGUUAAAGGUCUUUGGAGACGAUCAGAAACCGCGAGUUGUUGUCGUCACAGUUCUGACGUCACUGAUUCUGCUUCUGUACGAUGGUCUAAUGGCUACUUUUGGUGCCUAUGUGUAUUCAUACGCCGUCAAAGGAGCAGUUCACAUUAAACCGAGUCACGCAGCUUAUCUCAAUUCUCUCUUUUGGGGUUCGUUGUCAGUUGGUCGAUUUGUGUCCAUACCUGUAGCGAUGUAUGUGAAGCCUCCCACAAUGCUGAUGAUAAACUUGACUGGCUGCCUCUCGUCGACACUUUUCAUGUUGAUAUUUGAAGAAAGUGAGCCUGCACUCUGGUUAGGAACAGCGGGGGCUGGCCUUUUCAUGAGUAGUGUCUUCCCAACCAGCAUUGCGCUCGCUGAGUACUACAUCGACCUCACAGCUCCUGUGACCAGUGUAAUGAUCGUAAGUGCAGCUCUCGGAGAAUUAAUUUUGCCCUUGGUAGUGGGACAGGUUUUCGAGAGACUGGGUCCCGUUAGUUUCCUGGCAAUUGCGUUCUGCGCAUGUUUUAUGGCCCUUAUGAUAUUCAUUCUUUUGCGGUCAGCGGAAAGAUCAGAGACUGACUGGUUAGGCUUUUUCUGGUUCGUUUGGUGUGGUCAACCUCCAAGCUCUGCUAACCAGCCAACAUACCAAACCCAGGCCCCCGACCCCACUCCUACCGUGGAGACUGGAGACAACCCUCCAAUAGAGACGGUGGAACUGAACAUCCAAGGAUAGCAUCAUUGGGUUUUAGGUCAUGACAUCUUCUUAAUGUGACUCAAGACGGUUUCGUUCGUUUAUGUAACAUGAAUUUUUGAUGGUUUCGUAGCCUGCGAGAAGGUCCUCAUUAGGCGCGUAUCUCCGCCCGCGGAUAAUUUUAGACGGGUCGAGGAGACGUUAGCCAAGGCACAGAGUUCCUGCACCCCUUGGAGACCUCUCGCCGGAUCUUGUGGCUCAAGGCUUGAAACUUUCAUGCUGGCAACAAAACCGCUGGUGCCGAAGGUCUAAUUAUUCAUGAAGGCCUCCUCGCCGGCUAAUGGUUCCGUGACGUUGCCCUUUUUUUGUUUUUUGUUUCUUCCUUUGAAGGCUGAUAAGUUCUUGAUAUACUUAUUGCAGUUGAAAAAUCUUUCUUGGUUUAAAGAAAUUUAAACCAAAAAAAAGCUGUUUUUUUAAGACAGUAGUUUUUUGCUAGGGUGACUUUCUGCAUCGGAACAAACACAUUAACUUCUCUCAUAUUGAUUUGGAUUUCAUUUGAUUUUUUCUUUUGGAGAAUCACAUGAAAAAUAUUUGUGGUUGACGAUUAAUUGAACAAGAGGAAGUUAAGUAGAGAAAUCGUAUGGAGACUUCUCAGACCUCGUUCGAUUUUUUGAAAUCUUGUAGCUUUUUGAUAACUUGUGGGAAUAAGUGAGUUAAAAUUGAACAGGAACGUUUUAAAUUACAACAUGAAUUUAAAACAAAGUAUAACAUGGGAAUAAUGAAGUAUUACAAAGUGGACGCAUGCCAACCUUUGAAAAUAAGUAUGAUGUUCUGGAAUGCAUGAGUAUUGUAAAGAUUACGUGAGUUGGUAUUGGGUAGGAAAUAAAAUAAA